AUGCCUCAAUUCAAGUCUUCGAUGGGCAUGAUGGCCCUGACUGUUGGCUCUGCCAUGGCCGGCCUCCAGUCGUGCUCGACCAACUCGACGCUGAGCUGCCACAGCUCCUCCAAGACCCCGACUUGCUGCUACCAGUACCCCGGCGGUGCUCUGCUGCAGACCCAGUUCUGGGACACCAACCCGGUGACGGGCCCGUCUGACUCGUGGACCAUCCAUGGACUGUGGCCCGACAACUGCGACGGCACAUACCAGGCUACUUGCGACUCGAACCGUGCCUACACCAACAUCACGGACAUCCUGCAGUCGCAGGGCCGCUCGGAGCUGCUCUCGUACAUGAAGAAGUAUUGGGUGUCCGAUGACGGGUCCGACGAGUCGUUCUGGGAGCACGAGUGGGGAAAGCACGGCACCUGCCUGAACACCAUCAAGCCGAGCUGCUACAGCAACUACCAGCCGCAGGAGGAAGUCGGCCAGUUCUUCCAGAAGGUGGUGGAUCUGUUCAAGGGCCUGGAUACCUACAAGGCUCUCUCCAAUGCGGGAAUCACCCCCGACUCCUCCAAGACCUACGACCUUGCCGAUAUUCAGAAUGCGCUGUCGAAGAUCCACAGCGGCGUGACGGCGUACGUAGGCUGCGAGAGCGGCAGCAUAGAUGAGGUCUGGUACUUCUUCAAUGUGCGCGGCAACGUUAUCGAUGGCACGUACCAGCCGACUGCUCCCCUCACCAAGUCUAGCUGCCCCUCCAGCGGCAUCAAGUAUGCCCCCAAGAGCGGCAACUAA